CUCCGGUGGAGGGCGACGGAACCUACGUCCGAACACCCAAACUUAACUAAGUCCUGCCCAAGUCUGGAUCUGUGUUUGUGAGGAACGCAACUUAACCUGGUCGGAUUAAUACUUUUAAGGGACUAAUUCCAUUUCUCUUUAAAGAGAUUGGCUGCAGCUGGAGUCUUCAUGGUUUUCCAUCUGCUUGGCCCAUCGGUGCUGGACUGUGUGUUCUGGGCUGCAGUUGAAGCAGGACUCAAACUACACCUACUGUAGUGGAGGUGACAGUCUCUGCGGUGGUGGAGGCAGGUUGUCGGCGGGCCCAGAGCCCCAACAGCAGGCGGAGGGGCCUGUCCUGCCCCAGCCACACAAACAUGAACAAACUGAACUUUCAUAACAACAAAACCAUGCAGGACCGCCGAUGUGUCUGUGUCUUUCUGCCCAAUGAUGACACCCUCAAUGUCAUUGUCAAUGUGAAGACCCUAUGCCAGGAACUGUUGGUCCAGGUGUGUGACCUCCUGAGGCUCAAGGACUGUCACCUGUUUGGACUCAGUGUUAUUCAGAAUAAUGAACACAUCUAUAUGGAGCUGGAUCAGAAGCUAUCCAAGUACUGCCCCAAAGAAUGGAAAAGAGAAGCCAGCAAGGGCAUCGACCAGUUUGGGCCGCCGAUGAUCAUUCACUUCAGAGCUCAGUAUUAUGUUGAAAAUGGGAGAUUGAUCAGUGACCGAGCAGCGCGGUACUACUACUACUGGCACCUGAGGAAACAGGUGCUGCUGUCUCAGUGCAUCCAGAGGGAGGAGGCGUACUUCCUCCUGGCAGCCUUCGCCCUGCAGGCCGACCUUGGAAACUUCAAACGCAACAAGCACUUUGGGAAGUACUUUGAACCUGAAGCCUACUUCCCCCCAUGGGUGAUAGCAAAGCGUGGACGUGAGUACAUCCUCAGGCAUAUCCCAAACAUGCACAAAGACCAGUUUGCCCUCACAGCUUCAGAGGCGCACCUCAAGUACAUCAAGGAGUGUGCUCAGCUGGAUGAUGUCACUGUCCACUACUACAGGCUCUACAAGGACAAGAAGGAAGUAGAAGCAUCUCUGACAUUAGGACUGACUUUACGUGGGAUCCAGAUAUUCCAGAAUGUUGGGUCUGUGAGGCAGCUUUUGUAUGACUUCCCCUGGACCAACGUUGGGAAACUGGUAUUUGUGGGAAAGAAGUUUGAGAUCCUCCCUGACGGCCUCCCCUCUGCCCGUAAACUCAUUUACUACACCGGAUGUCCAAUGCGCUCUCGCCAUCUCCUGCAGCUGCUCAGUAACAGCCACCGCCUCUACAUGAACCUGCAGCCAGUCCUGAAGCAGGUCCGCCGGCUCGAAGAGAACGAAGAGAAGAAGCAGUACAGGGAGUCAUACAUCAGCGAUGCUCUAGAACUGGACAUGGAUCAACUGGACAAACGGUCACGGGCCAGUGGCAGCAGCGCAGGAAGCGUGUCUCACCACAAACGUCUGUCUCGCCAUUCCACAACCAGCCAUGGCAGCUCGCACACCUCCGGCAUCGAGACAGACAGUUUCAGGGCCCCGGGUCAGGCCCCCCACCGGCCCCUCCGGACCUGCAGUUCAUCCACCACCAGCCAUGGCAGCUCACACACAUCUGGCAUCGAGAGCAGCGGCAAGGAACGCAUUCUAGACGAUGAUGAGAUUGAGAUGCUUGUGGAUGACCCCAAAGACUAUGAGGAGCUUCAUGAGAUGGUUCUGGACCAGGACCUGUGCAUCCACAUCACUGAGGACAUGCUGACCAUGUCCCCCGAUCAGACCAAUGGAUACUCAGGUCUUAUUGUCAAAGACGUCAGCUCAUCAACAUCCAGCUCCUCAGAAACCGUCGUCAAGAUGAGAGGACAGAGUAUUGAGUCCCUGCCACAGACGUCCUGCAGGAAGCCUCCGUCAUCCACCGACCGCCACAGCCAAUCCCUGGAUGACAUUCGGCUUUACCAGAAAGACUGCCAGCAGUGGGCGGAGCUUUGCCAGGACACUGCCCACAGCUACACGUUUGGCUGCGCUCAGGAGCUGAGUGACGGCUGCAACUACCAGGGCCUGGCUGAUCAAUGCGCCGGCAUCCGAAAUGAGCAGCACCCCUUCCCCAUCAAGAGAACCAACAAGUACUUUUCCCUGGACCUGAGCAGUGACGAGGUCCCGGAGUUUGUGGUGUGACCGGCAGUGAGGUGGAAAUACGGCAGCCUCAGGGGAGCCGUCACUGCUCUGUGUCACAUGUGCAGAUGUUUGAGUCCUCAGGGAAAGAAGAGCAGCGCUGUUGAAGAAAUGCUUCCCAUUUCUGGCAGCAAAGAGGAGCCAUGACUAAACUGGCUCCACAUCAGCUGCAACUUCUUUAGCAUAUGAAGGUGUGGAACGCAGAACACAUGAACACACCUGGAGCAUUGUGAAAUGGCAGUUUUUAGCAAAUGAACACUGUGUUUCAGUGGAACCCAAGCUGCUCCCCUGUGCAAAAGGAAACUAAAGGGAUCUUCUUAAAAACUGUUCUUUGUAUGUGUGUCCUCCAAACUGGUUACAGGAUUCACAUUUUAUCCUCUGUCUUCGACCAACGCAUUAAUACAGUCAUACACAGACUUACAGCAAACACUCCUCAUCCAUGAAGGUCUGUGGAGGACACAAAGGACAGAACCAAUCUGAGCUACAAACCAAAGACAAGAAAUGGAGAAAAACUGAACCCACAUCAGUCUCUGAGUCACUGCAGAAAGGAAGUUUAACCUCCAGUCAUCCGUAUUUAGGGCCAUAAAUCCAUCACAAAACGAGAGUAUGUUGAAAUGUAAACAGAACUGGACAUUACUUUGAUUAUAUAGAUCUAAUAAUGUGACAUCCAUGAAAUGCCAAGCACAGGUAGAUGAUCCACAUGCUAAAUGUACCAAAACAGCCAUGUAGUAAAGAACUGGAUGGCCUUUCCUCCAGUUUAUUCUCAUUUACUUACAUACUGCUGGGUUUUAUCUCAGAUUUUCAAAUACAUAAAAGUGUUGAUUUGUGGAGUUUAAGGACUUCAGCUACUGUGCGAUGCUGCUGCCAGUGGUGAGAGUGAAACAAAGUCAGUUAUAACAGAUAUGAACAACAUUUUAAGUUUUACACAUUUCAGACCAGACUGAGUAACAGCUGCAGCCUGUUUGGACUAAAGUUUCAGUGGAUUGUGUUGUCGAUGCAAAAAACGCAAAGUCCAUUUGAGUUGGUUUGUGAUUGUGGAGAAAUCUCAGCCAUUAUCAGGAUAAUCUGCAAACUCCAACAUUAUCUAUAUUGGAAUAAGUGUUAGUGUUGGACAAGAUGAUAGAAAAUGUCCUGUUUUUUUUGCCAUUAUCACCUUUAUCGCCCAGCCUUACCCAUAAUUUUUCCCAGAGUCGUCUUCUAGUGCAGCAUGCCAACUCUCCCCUCACUGACUGGACUAAACCAUGGAGACUCACCCAAACGUGCCUUCAUCACACUAUGCAGGUGUCGGAUACUCGCCUUGACAAUCGCUGCCCUCGCCUCAGCCACAGGGAUCGUCUUUGUUAAAGGUUUGAGCCAUCGCACUUCAAACUUUAUUUCCAAGUGUUUUGGUCAUUUGAGCAGAUCAAACCUGUCCUUUAUUCAAAGGAUGAUCUGUGCUUCAGCAUCUUAAAUAUCACAGAGGUCCUAGUUUCACAUGCCUCUGUGAAAUGGGACUUUGUGGGAGGAAUGAGGUCGAGUAACUCCCUGCAUGUCCUGACUUGUACUGAGCUCGUGGCUACAAAAGCUUCCUUGUAAUCAAGACACAAAAUGGAGUCCGUUGGCUGUCAGCCAAAGUAAAGACAGUUGGAAACAUACAUGUAUGGAUUUCUUUCCAAUCACAUGCCUUUGAUUGUUAUUUUGCAGCUCUUUUCAGUUCUGCUUCAUCUUUUCAACUGGGAUUUGUGAUGUUUUUUAAGCCUCAUUUUAUCUAAAGCCUUUUUACAUGUAUUUUUCAGAUGAACUGUCCAGACUUGCAUAUGUUAAAAAGUUAUUCUCCAGGCAGUUUUAUUAGUAUUACAGCAACAGUAUUACAUCUUCUACAUGUUGAUUUCACACAUCGUUUUUUUUUAUUUGUGAGUCUGAACAAGAAAGACUGGUUUCAUUGUUUUGUCUCAGAAGAUACGGGGGAACUGAAGCUGACAAGACGUGGUGGAAGCCUUUCACCCGAUAACCACAUGCAGCUCAGGUUUCAGUCCGACUGAAGUCAACGACAACAGGAUGCUGAAACAGGUGGUUUUCCUCUGAAACCAGUGCAAAGUGCCACAGAUACAGCUUUAACCUUCCAACACAGUCUUUUCAUGUAGCCCUAGCCUACGUUUAGUUUGAGGAACUUGAGAUCUGAUUGAAAGAGACUCGACUCACAAUUAUUCUGAAAGAGUUUAACCUUUUAACAUCCACUUGUCACUUGACUUCUUUACUUUAGCCAUAAGACGUAUGCAGCCAAAAUGUAUGUAUUAGACUUCAUCUGAAAAGGAACAUCUUUGACUGUUUAUCAGGAAACAAACAAAACCUAAUCUGCAUCAUUUUAAACAUGGCUGUACGGUAGCCAUUACCCAACCAUAACCCUGGUGGAUGUUAAAAUGUUACAUUUAUUAGUCAUUUUAUAAUACAUACACACUAUUUACGUCUUUCUAAAAAAGACUGAACACUUACACAUCAUCAUGUUUAUCAUAAUGAUACUAAAAUGUUCACAUAAUAUACCAGUGAAAACAUGUGGAUGUUGUUAUGAGUUGUCUCAUUAGCUCAUGGGAGGUCAUUUUAAAAUGCAGAGGAAUGAUGGACAUAUGUCUACAGAGACAAACGGUACACGUACACUUUGCAUCAGUAAUUAACUAUGAAAAAGCCCAUUGUUGGGCUGCAACUACCACUUACUUUUAUUAACCUGUUUUUUUAAUCAUUCAGUUCUUUAGUCCAUAAAAUGUCAAAAAUAUGGUCAAAUGUGACUGAUCCCCUAAAAAAAGCUGUCAAUCAUGUAUUUAACCCGCCUACCUUUUUGUGACUGGACAGAAUUGCGGCUUAAAAGGAGUUGAUACUGAGGUGUCAUGUCCUCUCUACCCACUGAAUUUCAUGCUCAAAGGGAAUUGUGUCAUGUCUGUGGUGGUUCUGUCCAACAUUAGAGCUUUAAUCGACACAAAUAUGAAGGUUUUCAGAGUAGAAACCAGAACGGUCUCUGUAGACAUGUACAUGCAGCAGUCAGCUGAUGUUUCUGCUCUGCAUCAUCAUUCCAACAGCUCAUCUUCAUCACCACUGCAGUGAUGGUGGUUUUUAGGACGAAUGAACCUCCAGGACACUAAGGAUGAACAUGUGUUUUUGUCUCAUAUUCAUGGGUCAUGUGUAUAUUUUUAUUUUCCAGUCCACUUUGUUAAACUUAAUGUCCUUUUUAUUGUCACCAGGCUCAGAUGUAUUUAACCCUGGGUUUAGCAAGACUACAUUUUUUGUGGCAACAUAAUAGAAAGACCAAGGUUUUAAACAAAGACAUUUAUUUAAUAUGUGCAUCAUUUGAUACUGCUUUAUGUAUUUAAACAACUUGUGUAUUUCAUACAAACUGUUUGUGUAAACCUGUGAUUAUUUCUACUUCUAAAUGAAAAGUCAUAUUUUGAUGGACAAUGAUGUUUUCUUCUACAGUGUGUAUUAAAACAGCAAAGGUACAUAUACUACGCAGCCAUAAUUCAUGUCUUUAAAUGCAGCAUCAUUGGUCUUUUGUCAGAUUGAAAUAGUAUAUGGUCCAACUUACAUAUGUAAGAGUCUGUAUGUCUGUGUCCAUAAUCCUUUCUGUGAAAGGAUCUCCUUUCAGGAAAAAUGACUCUAACUGACUUUUAUUUUUUUGUCACCCUGUAGUUAAAAAAUGAUUUGUUUCUAUGGAUCCUGGUCUGUGCCUUCUUGGUACUAAUACCUUCAAUAUCCAAUAAACAGGUACAUUUA